AAGAAAAGGAAGAAGAAGAAGAAAGUUUAUCCAGCUCUUCAUCUCGCUUCCUUCUCAAGCCAUUUUGAUUACCUUUUUUGUCUCUCUUUCUCACUUAUCUUUGAAGAAAACUUUUUUUUUCCUUCUUCCCUUAACUUCCCUCCUUUUUAAUCAUUUGGCGUCGCUAGAGUCAAAAUCCGCCAUUAAAACUCUCACUGAAGCUCCUACAAGAACCCUCCAAUUUACGAACACACCAUCAUCUCUUUCAGACUUAUUCCCUUGACCCAUUUCUCAACUUCAAAGCUUGUCGGGUUUGUGUGUAUAAAAAGUCUCUGUUUUUACUUUAAAAAUUCUAACUGCUCUGACUAAUUUGAAGAAAAUGAAGUCUGCUACUUUGAUUUGGGUUUUGCUGCUUCUUCUUCGAUUCAGGUUAUUUGUAGACGCGAUUAUCGACCCAGUUGAUUUCUUGGCUCUGCAAGCGAUUCGUAAAUCGCUCGAUGAUUCACCAGGUUCCAAUUUCUUCGAUUCCUGGGAUUUCACCGCCGAUCCUUGCAGCUUCGCCGGAGUAUACUGCGACGGAGAUAAAGUUAUUACUCUUAACCUCGGCGAUCCCAGAGCCGGUUCACCCGGUUUAUCGGGUCGGAUCAACCCGGCGAUCGGAAAACUCUCUGCUCUCACUGAGCUCUCAAUCGUCCCGGGUCGGAUCAUGGGUUCGUUACCCAACACAAUCUCGCACUCGAAGAAUCUCCGAUUUCUCGCAAUCAGCCGAAAUUUCCUCUCCGGCGAGAUUCCGGCGAGUCUUGGCGAGCUUCGUGGCCUUAAAACACUCGAUCUGAGCUAUAACCAGUUAACCGGGUCGAUUCCUCCCUCAAUCGGAUCCUUACCGGAGCUCUCCAACUUGAUUCUCUGUCACAAUCACUUGAACGGAUCACUUCCUCAAUUCUUUUCCCAAACCUUAACCCGAAUCGAUCUCAGACGCAACAACCUAACCGGUGCAAUUUCUCCGACGUCUCUCCCUCCGUCGCUACAAUACCUCUCACUCUCCUGGAACAAGCUAACCGGACCAGUAAACCGGAUUUUACUCAGGCUAAACCAGCUCAGCUACCUCGAUCUCAGUCUAAACCGGUUCACCGGUGCAAUUCCCGGUCAGAUAUUUGCUUUCCCGAUCACGAGUCUCCAGUUGCAGCGCAAUUUCUUCUACGGCGCAGUUCAACCGGCGAAUGAGGUCACGAUACCAACCGUCGAUCUGAGCUACAACCGAUUCUCCGGCGAGAUUUCUCCACUCCUCUCCAACGUACAGAAUCUCUAUCUAAACAAUAACCGGUUCACCGGUCAAGUACCGGUUAGCUUCGUGGAUCGGUUAUUAGCAUCAGAUAUACAAACACUGUACCUUCAACAUAAUUUCUUGACGGGAAUACAAAUUAGCCCGGCGGCGGAUAUUCCGGUGAGCAGCUCGCUGUGUCUGCAUUACAAUUGUAUGGUGCUGCCGGUAGAGACUCCCUGUCCGGUUAAGGCCGGUUCGCAGAAAACCAGACCCACAAUGCAAUGCAACGAGUGGCGAGGGUAGAGGCGUAAUUUCAGGCAGCGAUGGUCUUUCGCGUCAAAUUCUCCGGUUAUUUUGUUAUAACUUAUUAACUUUCGAGUUUCGAGGGAAGAAAAAAAAAACUAUUCGUUUAUUCGUUGGUGACUUUGUGAAUGGGAGGGAAUCAUAAUGACGAUGUAUGUUUUGUAUCUUUUAUUAUAUGGCUUUGAAUAAAACGAGCAAGGCCAAUCU